GCGGCGCAGUCGGUGGGGCUGGCUCCCAGCGCGCCGCUGCGCCCCGCGAGGGCUGCCCCACCUCGCCUCGCCUGCACGGGCACGUUCCCGGCCGCCACAUCUCCCCUGCCUGCGCUCCCCUCUUCCCGCCAGACUAACCGCACUCCGGGCCAGAGCACGAUUUCUACAGGGUCUUGCGUAUUUUGUAGAGCUCAAAGGUUCUCUAACGAAACAAAAUUUGAAGUCAACACCAUGCGACUCUCCUGCGGAAUGAUUUUCAUUUUUCUGCUUGUAAGACUGCAAUGGAACAAAAGCAGCGCUGAGGGCAUAGAAGUAAAUGGAACAAAUAACGGAAAUAGCUCAAUUAGAGACAAAAAUCAGUCUACUGCACAGCCAAUUACAUACAGAUUACUUCUGUCUAUGGCUACUGCCACAAAUCCUUCUACCACCAGCCAUGCUGCACCAACAACUUCCAACGCAAAAAAAAAUGUAACGAAAGGAACAGAGACGAGCAGUCAGCCAAAGAGCACACCGAGCACACCUCCGAGGUCCACUGACGGCCCCACUUUGUCUUCAAAUGUCACUAUGGUAUCAACAGGUGGAAUAAAUAACUCUGCCACAAACUUCAACAGAAUCCCAAUGUCUUUAGCAACAUUUACAACAAUGGGUGACUUUUCUGGAGUGACCAAAAGUGCUGCAGCUACUUCUACCUCCACAGCGAUGCCAAGUAACUCCACAGUCACCUAUAGUACCCCUUCGGCCGCAAUGCUCCCCAGCGGCAACUCUUCAAUCAACCCCGUCUCGUCGUUCCCCACCGGUAUCACUCUGACAUCACCCACGGUGAAGCAGGACAGUCCUACGCCAAACAUCUACCCCACUCAGCAGAGCACAGACCAGCAUCAUAAUUCUAGCAACCCUUCUACUGCAUCUCCUAAUUCAAAAGAUGCCAGUGAAGAGAAAACAUCCAAAGAAGGAGUAAUAUUUGGUGUCACUGUAGGAGCCACUUUGGGAGCUAUAUUAAUUGGCCUGAUUGGAUAUUUGAUAUGUAGUAAGAAAAGGUCUGAGUUGUUUUCCCACAGACGGCUUUAUGACGAUACAAGGAAUGACCCUGUUCUCCACUUAGACAACUCACUUGGACCAUAUGAUACCAGUUUUGGAUAUGUGUCAGAUGACAAAACCAUCACAGGAGACAAACCAGAGACAGACAACUCAGCGUGCCCAUCUGACGGCAUUCCCAUGGCUGACAUGGCACCAUUCCACCCUUCACCGUAAUGUUUGCUUCCAAUUGUAUUCUCACCUCUUAUCUAUGUGGUUUCAUUUCUCCCAAAAUGACCCGGCAGCUGUUAUCUUACAGCCACUACCAUGCAAACAGUGUUUUGGAAAGCAAGGGGAAAAUUCACAAGGUACAUUGAUACGCAACAGGCAGGGCCCAGUAGCAGAGCAUCACUCUUCUGCUUUCCAAUUCAAUUAUCAACUUACAGUUUUCCUGGAAAAAUACUACACACUUGCUUUCUUAGUAAUAUUAUAAACAAAUAGCACCCAGGGAAAAUUCUGCCUUGUGUAACUUUGGUCAAGAAUGCAGACAUUAUAACAGGGCAAAAUUUGACCAGGGUUGCAAUGAUAUGUUCGCAUCAAUACAAAAAAAGUCUGAAGUUUAACUACCUUGAGGUGAAACUCUUCUGGCCAAAUAUAAUUCUGAUCUGAUAAACGACUCGGGACAUUAUUUUCCCCACUCUACGUUUGUACUUUCCUCAGUGAACAUGACAAAAAGAAUUAAAUUUACUUGGAUUACUCAGAGGUUGAAGUUUGCUGGGGAGAAUGGAACUGCUGAGUAACAUAGACUACAUUUAAGCUUUGACUAUGAUGACACAGAGUUAAAAUCACUAACGAAGGGAAAAAAAGAGAACAACCUUCUAUUCCUCUGUCAAACUGAUCUGUUGUUUGCGUUGCAGGCCAGAUCUGUACAACUUAUGUUAAAGGUUUUGGUACAGGUUAGAGGGAAGAAAUAUUUAUCUUAACAUGAAAGGAAAUAAAUUCUCUCUGCCAUGUCUCUAGACAGCCAAAGAGCACGCUCCUGUUUUGUUCAGCUAAGGAGUAAAAUUAUGGCAGUACAAUGCAAACAAUUGCAUAGUUUAUCCGUUUGCAAUUAUCAGAAAUGUUUAAAUGGAAAGAAAGAACAUGAAAAAGACACAGCUGUAAAGGCACAGAAUAAACAAAAUCAAGUGCAGAGAAAAUAACUGCUCACAUGGGAUAUGUGCUUGUUACUAUGACUCUGUUAAAAUGCCUUAUCUAGCGGGGGGACUGCGGAUCAUGUCGAUGUAGUUGUGCCACUAACUGGCUGUGAAUAUUGCAAUGAGUCUAUAUGUGAGUAAAAUACAUGCACGCACACACCAGAGGCAGAAAAGAUGGCAGUCACGCUGCAGUUGAGUAAAAUGGUAUUUAUUUCAAAGUUACUUCAAAAUUAUUUCCAUUCAAAAUUCCUUCAGAGAUUACAGAAUUGAGUGCAAACGUGCAGUGCUGCCAUUCUUACAGGGGUCAGCCAUGAAGCAGCACCCUUCAGGUGAUGCUUCAGGUGAAGGGGUCACCCUUCCCAUCAGAACCAGAACCUGACUUCUAACACCGUAUCCAGCGUGUUAGAUAGCAGACUGAAAAUCUAAGACACAUUCACCUGUAUUAGGUUAAGAGUAUCACUCCGAUGCUUGAAAUUAAGAAAAAUGUAAUGUUCGGCUUUCACCUUCCUUAGCGCAUAUUAUGCCAUCUUUCCUGUUAAUGGCAAAGCAGUCUCACAUAAGCAAAAUUCCUUCCUACGCUGAAGCUUGGCCUCAGCUAAAAAUUGAAAGAGCUCUCUCUAAGGAGAACUCAGAGAUUAAGAGAUGCUAAGAAACCACCAGCGCUGCUACGCUGGUAACCAUAUAACCAAGUGCAAUGGAUUUUAGGAAUUUAUGAAACUAAUUAUUAGUAAUUGCAAGGUUAUUACAGCAAGAUUAGGACCCAAUGAAGAAAUACCACUGAGGCAAGCAAUCAAAGUGUGCCCUUCAGUUAUACUGUGCUAAUUUUUAACAAUCUAAUUAUGAUUUCUGUAUGUAUGUGCAUGUGCUUAUGUUGUCUAUGUACCUUGUUUGUGUUUUGCUGCUGUUUGUAUAUUGUUUUUGGUUUUACCAGGCCAGCCUCCAAAAUUUGUGAUAUUUGUUCAUCCUUCACUUUAAGUUAAAAUCAUUAAAUGCUUAUUCAUACAUAUUACGUAAAUAAA